CGUCGAAAUAUUUUGUGUUUAGAUUAAGUCAUGAGGAAUUUAACAUUCAUAGUUGUGAUUUUCACGGCAGUUCUUCUGGUGCUGACAGCUUCAAGCAAGUGCAGUCUUAACGCGAAAGCUCUGAAAAGUAAGAUAAAGCAGUACAAUAAAAGCUGUCUGGUGAAAGGAUUCCAAUCAUCCAUCGGGUGUGAGGCUGGAGAUGGAAAAUUGAGCAAGAAAGCGCUGAAGAAAUGUCGCAAGAUAGAAGCAAUAUUGAAAAAGUGUGACUACUCCUGCCCAACUGAUGGAGGUUGGAGUGACUACAGUGAGUGGACAGCUUGCUCUGCAAUAUGUGGGGGAGGGAAUCAGACUAGAGAGAGAUCUUGCAGCAACCCUGCCCCAGCGUUUGGAGGAGAUGACUGUGUUGGAGAUGCUGAGGAGUACCAACAAUGCAAUACAGAUCCAUGCCCAGUUAACGGAGGAUGGUCAGGCUUUGGAACUUGGUCUUCGUGCUCUGCAACAUGUGGGGGAGGAGAUCAAACAAGAAGAAGAUCUUGCAGCAACCCUGCCCCAGCGUUUGGUGGAGCUGCCUGUGUUGGAAUUGCUGAGGAAUCCCAGAAAUGCAAUACAAAUCCAUGCCCGGUUAACGGAGGAUGGUCAGACUUUGGAACUUGGUCUGUGUGCUCUGCAACAUGUGGGGGAGGAGAUCAAAUAAAGACAAGAUCUUGUAGCAAUCCUGCCCCAGCGUUUGGUGGAGCUGCCUGUGUUGGAAUUGCUGAGGCAUCCCAAAAAUGCAAUACAAAUCCAUGCCCAGUUAACGGGGGAUGGUCAGACUUUGGAACUUGGUCCUCAUGCUCUGCAACAUGCGGGGGAGGAGAACAAAUAAAGACGAGAUCUUGCAGCAACCCUGCCCCAGCGUUUGGUGGAGCUGUCUGUGUUGGAAUUGCUGAGGCAUCCCAAAAAUGCAAUACAAAUCCAUGCCCAGUAAACGGAGGAUGGUCAGACUUUGGAACUUGGUCUUCAUGCUCUGCAACAUGCGGGGGAGGAGAUCAAAUAAAGACGAGAUCUUGCAGCAAUCCUGCCCCAGCCUUUGGUGGAGCUGAAUGUGUUGGAAUUGCUGAGGCAUCCCAAAAAUGCAAUACAAAUCCAUGCCCAGUUAACGGUGGAUGGUCAGACUUUGGAACUUGGUCUUCGUGCUCUGCAACAUGUGGGGGAGGAGAUCAAACAAGAAGGAGAUCUUGCAGCAACCCUGCUCCAGCGUUUGGUGGAGCUGCCUGUGUUGGAAAUGCUGAGGAAUCCCAAAAAUGCAAUACAAAUCCAUGCCCAGUUAACGGAGGAUGGUCAGACUUUGGAACUUGGUCUUCGUGCUCUGCAACAUGUGGGGGAGGAGAUCAGACAAGAAGGAGAUCUUGCAGCAACCCUGCCCCAGCGUUUGGAGGAGCUGUCUGUGUUGGAGAUGCUGAGGAAUCCCAAAAAUGCAAUUCAAAUCCAUGCCCAGUUAACGGAGGUUGGUCUAACUUUGGAUCUUGGUCUGCAUGCUCUGUGACAUGUGAGGGAGGUACACAAACAAGAGUCAGAUAUUGCAACAAUCCUGCCCCAGCUCAUGGUGGCAGCUUGUGCUCUGGAUCUUCUAGCAUAUCACAGAUAUGUAACACUCACGUCUGCCCAGUUUUUGCAAGUUCAACAUUAGCCUACUAUGGUUAUUGGGGAGGCUGGGGAGCGUGGGAAUACUGCCCUAAUGGCGGAUACGCAACUUCCUUCAGACAGAGGGUGGAGGCUAAUCAAGGUGGUGGAGACGAUUCGGCACUUAAUGGAAUUUGUCUGGUCUGCAGCCAAGGUGGGGUUGUUUGCAGUACUGUUGGACCAUGGGGCUCCUGGGCCGAUAGUUCGGCAUGUUCGUCUGGGUUCAACGCAUUCAAUCUCAAGUACGAGGACCAGCAAGGAGGAGGAGAUGACACUGCUGCUAACGAAGUGAUUCUUUACUGCAGUAGCAACGGCUCUGGAUACCAGACAAGCAACGCAGGACCAUGGGGUAGUUGGACAGGACAUAAGCAGUGUCCAUCUGGUCAAGUCUUCUGUGGGAUCCAAACUAGAGUGGAGGCAAACCAGGGCGGCGGUGAUGACACUGCUCUUAAUGGUGUGGAUUUUGCUUGUUGUGAAAAAAGAAAUUAGUACGAUCAAAACAUUUUAAACAAUUGGGUAUUUAAACCGGACUG